CUAUUUUAUCUGAUCAACAAUGCUAUUAAGGCUCGUUUACAAGGUUGAUUUCCAACUCUUACCUAUUUUCUGCGCCUUUUAUUUCUUGAGUUCUUUAGAGAGAUCAAGUCUGGAUUUUUCGGUCAUCAGCGGCCUUACAGCAGACUUAAACAUCACAACCACAGAGUCACAAUGCUUUGCAGCAGCAUUUUACUUUUGUGUGAUUAUUUUUGAUGUACCCUCCAAUAUCAUUAUAAGAUGCUGGAAGCCAUCUUUUUGGUUGGGGAUUAUAAUGGGGGUUAUUCUCAGCGUCUGGGGUAUUAUGUCCAUAUCGAUGGCGGCCUGUACUCAUUUCCACGGCCUUGUGAUAGCCAGACUGAUUAUCAGCAUUUGUGAAGCAGGGUUUUUUCCCAGUGCUGUGUACUAUUUGUCAUUUUGGUAUACGAGAAGAGAAUUCGGAAAACGAUUAGGGUGUUUAUGGUCAUUCCGAUGCUUAGCAGGUGCUUCAGGAGGAUUGUUUGCUUAUGGUGUGAGCUGUAUAACAAUUACAAAACAUAUGCAUGUAUGGCAAUGGACGUUUAUUAUACAGGGAAGCCCCUGCGUUAUAAUUGCAUUAAUCAUAUCGUGGUACCUACCUAAUGAUGUAAAAACUGCAAAAUUUUUGGUCGUACAAGAGCAGAACAUAAUUAUGCAAAAGCUAAAAGAUGAUGUGGGUAUAUUGAAUUAUAAGGACUGGUCAUGGGAUCAGUUUGGAACGGUUCUGUUGGACUCAAAAACAUAUGCGUUCACCCUAAUAUAUUUAUUAGGUGCAGCUUCUGUACAAGGAGUUACCUUAUUUUUGCCUACUGCUAUAUCCAGAUUUCAUUUUGCAAAAUCAUCAGUCCUACAUACUCAGCUUCUGAUGAUGCCUCCUUAUAUCUUGGCCAUAUUUAUAUCAAUGUCCGUAUCAUAUAGCUCUGAUCGUUAUUAUGAACGAUCAUAUCAUCUCAUAGGCACCAAUGUUGUAUCUAUGGCUGCACUUAUAGUUCUGCUGCUACCUAUCCCUUGUAUAUAUACUGGCUACAUAACCACAUGUAUUCUCACAGCAACUGUUUAUGCGCAUGUUCCCAUCAAAGUUACUUGGAUAACAAAUAACUUAGUUUUUAGCACGGGGUUUACUAGAAGAACGGUUGCUUUAGGUGUGAUAAUUUCUCUGGGAUCUGUGGGUAGUGCGAUAGGUAGCCAAGUUUUUUAUGAUCCACCAAACUACAUGAAAGGAAAAGCACUGAUUCUUGUUUUUUUGGUUCUUCAAAGUCUAAUGAUUUUGUUGACAAGAUAUUGCUUUGAUCGGGAAAACAUGCGACGAAAGAAACUGGGAAUGGACGAUAAAGCAUUUCAAGCAUACAAGUACAACGGAGAAGAUUUAGCAGGAGAUAGACAUCCUGAUUUUAGAUACACCAUUUAA